AUGCUAUCCAGGUUUCAAACAACCCUCCGAGCCACGACACACUACCUCUCGCACUCCACCAAUACCCCUGUCUCUCGAGCGACACCUCGCUGGCCUCAACCCUAUCGGUACUUCCCUCACCACACUCGCCCUUUCACCUCAACCACCACCACAAUGUCCACCGACCCCACCGCCUCAAUCACCGCCCGCCUCGCCGACAGAUCCCUCUCCACCAUCGAAUCCGCCAAACGCAAAGCCGCCUACCGCGCCGUCGCCGAGCACUUCUCCCCCACCAUGCGCUUCGUCGGAAUCGGCAGCGGAUCCACAAUCAUCUACGGCGUCGAAGCCAUAAAAGACGCCCUAGCCGCCAACCCUCCCCCCCCCGGCCACAUGAACUGGUUCGUGCCGACAGGCUGGAACUCGCGCAAAGUCAUCGAAGCCGCCGGCCUCACACCCAUCGCCUUCGAUUCCCUGCCUGCUGAUACACUAUUGGAGGUAGCGUUUGACGGCGCGGACGAGGUGGAUGAGGAGUUGAAUUGCAUCAAGGGCGGAGGGGCCUGUCUCUUUCAGGAAAAAUUGGUAGCCUGCCGCGCGAAGAAAUUCGUCUGUAUAGCAGAUUACCGCAAGGACCAGUCCCGGCUUUUGACACAAUGGCCCACAAUCCCCAUCGAAAUCGCACCCAUCGCCUACGCGUCCGUCCUCCGCGAACUGCGCGCCUUGGGAUCGCCCGCGCCGGUGUUGAGGGAACACACCUUGUCUAAGACGGGGCCAGUACAGACGGAUCAGAGUUUUUACAUUGUGGAUGCGCCGUUCAAGCAGCUGUUGACGUCGAAGGAUCUGGCGGCGGGGAAGGACGGGUCGGGGAAGGAUGGGGUAUGGGAUGUUGAUACGUUGGCGAGGACGAUAAAGGGGAUUGCGGGAGUGUUGGAGGUGGGGUUGUUUCAUGGGAUCAAUGGUAUACAGGCACAAGCGCUGGGGCUGCAGGGAGGGCAGAAGCCGGUGGCGGUGUACUUUGGUUUGGAGGACGGGGAGGUCGAGGUGAAGAGGUACAGCGAGCUGGAGCAGACGGCAUCCGCAUAG